AAGUUCGAUAUCGAUAGAAGUCUUGUUUUUAUUUUGUUUAAUGUAAUAUACAAUACGAAGUAAUUGUUUUGAUUCUGAAAGAAUGUACGACGCAUUGGAACGCUGCCCAGGAGCCUACUGUGGGCGAUCACCGCUAGGAAACAACAGCUGGAGCAGCUGCGGGGUCUGUCCCCGAGGAUCUCGGGUGAACCAAAGCUACGCCUGCUCUCCAUGCCGCGACGAGUUAAGCACGUACUCCUGGCUAUACCUGGGAUUCAUGACCAUGCUGCCGCUUAUGAUGCACUGCUUUUUCAUAGACAUGGACGCCAAGGAUCGCAAGUUUUCGCGGAAGCAGCUGAUCUUGACGGCCAGCGCUUUCGUUGAGGUUGCCAUAUCUGCCAUCCUCGCCACCUUGCUAAUGGAGCCCAUGUGGGAGCUGCGCCUCUACGCCUGUGAUGUUCGAAAACUUACUGACUGGUACACAUUGUUCUACAACCCCAGCCCCAAUUAUGAGGCACGAGUCUACUGCACCCAGGAGGCAGUUUACCCAUUGCAAACCAUCGUUCUGGUUUUCUACUUUCUGUGCCUGGUGAACAUGUUUCUCAUACGCCCGCUGGUUAGCAAAAUUAUGGAUGUGGGGGGCAGAAGCAAGGCGCCCAUUUACUCGGCUCUUUACUUCCUGCCCCUGCUCACCUUUAUCCAUGCGUUAGGAUGUGGGUUGAUCUACUACUCCUUUCCCUACCUUAGCGUGGCCAUAUCCAUGGUGGCCAAUGCCAUCCACUAUUCGCUCAAACUGGAUCAAACCCUAAAGGCAUUGGUUCACUCGUCGGUGUGGGAGUUAAAAAACGUGGUCAUCAUAGCUGUGCACUGGAUGUUGUUGGCCUACGGCCUCACCUCCCUGAAUUACCACUAUGCCUUUAUGUGCUUGGUGCCCUUUCCCACACUGUUCUACAUUUUGACCGUACGUUUCACGGAUCCGGCCGAGUUCCGGGAGCUGGAGUCGAGAAUUUGAUGCGGCGACGUCCAGAUGCAAAUUUUUCACGCCCGGGGAACUCGUCGAUCGACUGUUGUUAUCUAUGUGUAGUGUACGCGUCAAUUAAUUUAUUUAUAUUUAGUACGUAGCUCAGACUCAGACCUGUUCCGAAUAUACAUAAGUGCUGCUCUAAAAGCCAUUGAGAAAAAAGUUUAGGAGCAGGUCUACUUUAGUGUUUUCGUCGCAUAACCUUCAUCGAUUCAUCGUUCUUUUCGUUUUAAUUAUAUUUCACAUUAAUUAUACACAUAUAGUAAUAUUAAAUACAAAUCAUCAGUUUCCCAUCUCUAAAA